AUGGACACUCUGGCUCAACUUUCUAAUGACGAACUCGUCGCCCUCAUCACGCAGCAGGCGGAGCUCAUUGGCUUUCUUCAGCAGCAAGUGGCGGCGUUGCAGAAAGAAAUCGAAAUGCUCAAAGGCGGCGGCAAGGGAACGCCGCUGUCCAAGCCCCCAUCGCCCGAUGGGGUCAAGCCCAACACCGCGCCCGCCCAAACCGCCGAGGCCCAAGCGCGCAAGAAACGCCCCAACGCCUUCACGCGCCCCCGCCAGAGGCCUACCGAAGAAAUCGUUCACACCUGCUCCCACUGCCCCGACUGCGGACGAACCCUUGCCGGCGGCAGCGAGUACAGCCGCCGCCAGAUCAUCGAACUGCCGCAAAUCACCGUGCGGGUCAUUGACCACAUUGUGCACGCCCGCUACUGCGGCGUGUGUCAGAAACGCUGCGUUCCUGCGCCCGACCUUUCCGAAAUCGCCGUCGGUCAAAGCCGCUUCGGACAGCAGGUUCACGCCCUUGUGGCGUACUUGCGGCAGGUCGGACGCCUGCCCGUUCGCACGAUUGCCUCCCUGCUUUCGGCGCUGUGCCAUCUUAACGUCAGCGCGGGCGAAGUCGGCGAAAUGCUGGCGCGGGUGGCGCAGCAGGGAAAAACGCCUUAUGCCGCCUUGCAAAAGCAACUGCAAGACAGCGCUUACGUUCACGGCGACGAGACGGGCUGGCGCGAAAUAUUUUUUUCUGUUUUAAGUAUUAGGGAUUAA